AUGGAUGAGAAAUCUGAAAACGGAGUUCAUAGAUUCUUUCAGAUAUCAGAGACUGGUAAUCCCGUAUGGCACAGCGGGAAAAGUGAUAGUUGUGCCUCACCUUGGACCAAUCCUGGUGAUUACAGUAUGGGACGUCAUAUGCUUACUAUGGACACACUAUAUAAAUUUCCCUCCGAGAACGGCAUCGCAAAACCAGACGACAUAUUUGAUGAAAAUGUUGGAGCUUCUCGCCGAACAGAUUUUCAAAAUGGAGGAGACUGUGCUAGCUCGUCCAUCCGCAGUGAACCUCACGAUUUCGAAACGGAGAGGAAGGGUUCUAAAAUACCUCUUCGGUGCUUCGAUUCGCUGUGGGACAGGCAACAGAGUAGAGAUAGAAUCGAUCAACAAAAAGAUAGCGGAAACAAGAGUAAGAAUGAUGCCGAGAUUGUUUUCGAAUGUCCCAACCAAUCAGGAAUUCGAAAAUUUCAGACAAGCCUGGGGCAAUUGCUCCGAAUUGGUUCCUAUUGCAACUCUGUAUGGACAAUGGAAACCCCAAAGACGCCGUGCUGUCCUGUAUUCCCGGACAAUCAAUCUGAAAAGCAUGAAAACGGUACCUCCCUGUGUCAAGUGUCAGUUGGUGAUAAAUUCACUGGCUCCUCGUAUAAUCCGCCCAUUGUAGUCGAAAUUGUGAACUCAUCCAAUUGUUCUCGUGUUGCAACUUCUCUUGGCCUUGACCUCCAUAUCGAAACUCCUCAAGAUACUAUACAUUAUGUGAAAGAUGAUCUUAUCUGUUAUAUUGAGGAAGUUAGAGGAUAUG